ACCCCUCUACACGAGAAGCCAGCUCCAUUCCACCAACUUUCCAUCCCCCACACCAUUCAACAGCAGCAGCUUAGCUCAACUCUCAACUGCAAUGGCGAAAUGCAGCAAGAUCCGCAACAUCGUGUGGCUCCGGCAGACGCUGCGCCGGUGGCGGUCCCGCGCGGCGGCGCGGUCGUCGGCGGCGGUGGUGCCGGCUGGCCACGUGGCGGUGUGCGUGGGCGGCGCGUCCCGGCGAUUCGUGGUGCGCGCGGCGCACCUGAACCACCCGGUGUUCCGGGAGCUGCUGCGGCAGGCGGAGGAGGAGUACGGGUUCCCGACCGGCGCGGCGGGGCCCAUCGCGCUGCCCUGCUGCGACGAGGGCCUCUUCGAGCACGUCCUCCGCCACCUCUCCUCGUCCUCCCCGUCCGCGCGAUUCGUGACGCUGGAGGAGCUCAAGAGCGGCGGCGGCGUCUCGUGCUGCUGCGCCGCCGCCGGCGACGCGCUCCCGCUGCUCCGCGGCAUCUCCUCGGACAAGUUCGUGUGGUGACGACUGAAGCCGGGACUCCGAGCUAAGCUAGCCGGGCGCGCGCGCCACGCCAUUGUGGUGACCGUCGUGUUUUUUCUCUUCUUUUUUUGUUUGUUGUUCCUCUCUCCAUUGACGAGAGGAGCUGAGCGGCCGGCCGGAGGCGGUGAAGCGAGAUGGCUGAGAGAGUCCUCGGGUCUUGAGACGCCCAGCAGGGCCUAGCUAUCCAUUCAUUCCAAAUCCUGGCAAGAAACUUAUUUAGUGCCGAGGAUUUAUUCUUGCUUUCUUUUUGAUUUUUUUGGUCACCUGCUGAAUAAUUCACCGUUGUAAAUAGCCAUCCUGUGCUACGGCGAUUCGUCCAACAUUGCAUGUGAAUUGAAUUGAAUGAUUUCUGCUGCUCCA